GGCCGGCGUCCUGGGCUAGGUUGCGUCGGGGCGAUGUUGCCUUACACGGUGAAUUUCAAGGUGUCGGCGCGCACCCUCACGGGGGCUCUGAACGCCCACAACAAGUCGGCGGUGGACUGGGGCUGGCAAGGUUUAAUUGCUUAUGGAUGUCAUUCGCUUGUGGUAGUGAUUGAUUCAAAUACUGCCCAGACUCUUCAAGUUUUAGAAAAACAUAAAGCUGAUGUUGUCAAGGUUAAAUGGGCCAGGGAAAAUUAUCACCAUAACAUUGGCUCACCAUAUUCCUUGCGCUUAGCCUCUGCUGAUGUCAAUGGGAAGAUCAUCGUGUGGGAUGUGGCAGCAGGAGUAGCUCAGUGUGAGAUCCAAGAGCACACCAAACCUAUCCAGGAUGUGCAGUGGUUGUGGAAUCAGGAUGCUUCCCGAGAUUUACUGCUUGCUAUACACCCACCAAAUUACAUUGUGCUGUGGAAUGCAGAUACUGGCACCAAACUUUGGAAGAAGAGCUAUGCAGAUAACAUUCUUUCUUUUUCCUUUGACCCUUUUGAUCCCUCACAUUUAACUUUACUCACCAGCGAGGGUAUUGUAUUCAUCUCAGACUUCUCCCCAUCCAAGCCUCCUUCUGGCCCUGGGAAAAAGGUGUAUAUAUCCAGCCCACACUCUAGCCCAGCUCAUAACAAGCUGGCUGCAGCCACCGGUGCCAAGAAAGCUCUUAAUAAAGUAAAAAUUUUAAUCACUCAAGAGAAACCUAGUGCUGAAUUCAUAACGCUUAAUGAUUGCCUUCAGUUGGCAUACUUGCCUUCCAAAAGGAAUCACAUGUUGUUACUCUAUCCUCGAGAGAUUUUAAUCCUUGACCUUGAAGUGAAUCAAACAGUGGGUGUGAUUGCAAUUGAACGAACAGGAAUUCCAUUUAUACAGGUAAUACCCUGCUUUCAGCGUGAUGGUUUAUUUUGCCUCCAUGAAAAUGGUUGUAUAACUUUACGUGUUCGAAGAUCUUAUAAUAGUAUUUUCAGCACUUCAAAUGAGGAACCAGAUCCCGAUCCCGUUCAGGAGCUUACCUAUGAUUUACGAAGCCAGUGUGAUGCAAUCAGGGUGACAAAAACUGUUCGUCCGUUCAGUAUGGUGUGUUGUCCUGUCAAUGAGAAUGCAGCUGCCCUCAUAGUGAGUGAUGGAAGGGUCAUGAUUUGGGAGCUGAAGUCGGCUGUUUGUACUAGAAAUUCACGGAACAGUAGUUCUGGUGUGUCGCCUUUAUAUUCACCAGUGUCUUUUUGUGGAAUUCCUGUGGGAGUGCUACAAAAUAAACUUCCAGACCUUUCCUUAGAUAACAUGAUUGGGCAGAGCGCAAUAGCUGGGGAAGAACAUCCCAAAGGCUCCAUACUGCAGGAAGUGCACCUCAAAUUCCUGCUGACGGGACUGCUGUCGGGACUGCCCUCACCGCAGUUUGCUGUCCGUAUGUGCCCACCGCUGACCACGAAAAACAUCAAGACUUAUCAGCCACUGCUGGCUGUUGGCACGAGCAACGGUUCUGUCCUUGUGUACCAUCUUACCAGUGGGCUGCUGCACAAGGAGCUGAGCAUCCACUCCUGUGAAGUCAAAGGUAUCGAAUGGACAAGUUUGACUGGCUUCCUUUCUUUUGCUACUUCAACACCGAACAAUAUGGGAUUAGUGAGAAAUGAACUUCAGCUAGUCGAUCUUCCAACAGGUAGGAGCAUUGCUUUUCGCGGUGAACGAGGCAGUGAGGAAUCACCCAUCGAAAUGAUUAAAGUGUCUCAUUUGAAACAGUAUUUAGCAGUUGUAUUCAAAGAUAAACCCCUGGAGUUAUGGGAUGUUAGGACUUGUACCCUUCUUAGAGAAAUGUCUAAAAACUUCCCAGCAGUAACUGCUUUGGAGUGGUCACCUUCUCACAACUUGAAGAGCCUGAGAAAGAAGCAACUCGCUACCCGAGAGGCCAUGGCCCGCCAGACUGUGGUCUCAGAUACAGAGCUGAGUAUUGCUGAGUCGUCUGUGAUCAGCUUGUUGCAGGAAGCAGAAAGUAAAUCUGAACUCAGUCAGAACAUCUCUGCCCGGGAGCAUUUUGUGUUUACUGAUAAUGAUGGGCAAGUGUAUCAUCUCACUGUUGAAGGAAACUCAGUGAAAGAUAGUGCCCGGAUUCCACCAGAUGGAAGUAUGGGUAGUAUUACCUGCAUCGCGUGGAAAGGUGAUACAUUAGUUCUUGGAGAUAUGGAUGGAAAUUUAAAUUUUUGGGAUUUGAAAGGCAGAGUAUCCAGAGGAAUACCUACACACCGAAGUUGGGUGAGGAAGAUUCGCUUUGCCCCUGGUAAAGGAAACCAAAAAUUAAUAGCAAUGUACAAUGAUGGAGCUGAAGUGUGGGAUACUAAAGAGGUUCAGAUGGUGAGCAGUUUAAGGAGUGGAAGAAAUGUGACCUUUCGGAUAUUGGAUGUGGACUGGUGCACAUCAGAUAAAGUAAUCCUGGCAUCAGAUGAUGGUUGUAUCAGAGUCCUGGAAAUGUCUAUGAAGUCUUCAUGUUUUAGAAUGGAUGAGCAGGAGUUGACCGAGCCUGUGUGGUGCCCAUAUCUCCUUGUUCCCAGGGCCUCCUUAGUCUUAAAAGCCUUCUUAUUACACCAGCCAUGGAAUGGACAAUAUUCUUUGGACAUUACUCAUGUGGAUUAUCCAGAAAAUGAAGAAAUAAAGACUCUCCUUCAAGAGCAGUUGAAUUCAUUGUCUAAUGACAUAAAGAAACUCUUGCUUGAUCCGGAAUUCACCCUCUUGCAGAGGUGCCUGCUUGUUUCAAGGCUCUAUGGCGAUGAAUCGGAGCUGCACUUCUGGACUGUGGCUGCCCACUACCUACACAGCUUAUCCCAGGAAAAGUCCACUAAAGAAGAUGCUCCUCGGGAAAAGCUGAACAACCCACUUGAUAUAUGCUAUGAUAUACUCUGUGAAAAUGCCUAUUUUCAGAAAUUUCAACUGGAAAGAGUUAAUCUGCAGGAAGUAAAACGGUCAACUUAUGAUCAUACAAGGAAAUGUACAGAUCAGCUACUUCUCUUGGGUCAAACAGAUAGAGCUGUGCAGUUGCUGUUGGAAACAAGUGCAGAUAACCAACAUUAUUAUUGUGACUCACUGAAAGCCUGUUUGGUCACAACUGUCACCUCAUCAGGUCCUUCCCAGAGCACCAUUAAACUGGUGGCAACGAAUAUGAUUGCCAAUGGCAAGUUGGCAGAGGGCGUUCAGUUGCUCUGCCUGAUAGACAAAGCUGCAGAUGCCUGCCGUUACCUGCAGACCUAUGGCGAGUGGAAUCGCGCAGCUUGGCUUGCAAAAGUCCGUUUAAAUUCUGAGGAGUGUGCUGAUGUUCUAAAGCGGUGGGUCGACCACCUUUGUUCUCCACAAGUCAAUCAGAAGUCAAAGGCCCUCCUGGUCCUUCUCUCCCUGGGCUGCUUUUCCACUGCGGCAGAGACGCUUCACAGCAUGAGAUAUUUUGAUAGAGCCGCCUUAUUUUUGGAAGCUUGUCUGAAGUACGGCACAAUUGAAGUCAAUGAGGACACAGAGAAACUCAUCUUUGCUAUUUAUGCAGAUUAUGCCCGGAGUUUGAAGAACCUAGGUUUUAAACAGGGAGCAAUUCUUUUUGCUUCAAAAGCUGGAGCAGCUGGCAAAGAGUUAUUGAAUGAACUUGAAUACCCCAAGGAAGAAAUGACUGUAGAGUGACAGGUUAAUAUAUGCCAGGAAAAUCUGAUCUUGGAAGCAGCAGGAGGGUGAGUUGUUCUGGCCAUGGUCACAGUCUCAGUCUCCACUGAUGAGGACACCGUCCCUGGGGAUAUUGAUGAGGACACCGUCCGUGGGUAUACGUCUUCUCCUUAGGCAGGGUCCUUGUGAGCCGUUGACCAUGUCUCUAAGACAUUAUGUGCAAUAGUAUAUGAGCAUUUACAUUGUUAGGAGCAAGUUCUAUAUCAUAUAUUUAUCUCAGAGAAAAUUAUAAACAUGAGAUUUUUAAAGUGUGUAACAUUUUAUACAUUUUCAAGAGAGAGCAUUAAGAGUCCCUGGAAAUACUUCUAAUUUUUUUUUUUUAAUUUGAAAUUCACGAGACUGAAUUGCUUUUCUCAUUGGCUGAAUUUAAAGAUGUUUUAAAACUCUAUAGUAAAAGAAGUUUGUGAGACCUAUCCUCCAAUUGUGGUAUGCCUAUGAUUAUAUAUAGUCAUUCCAGAUUCAAACAGGGCAGAAAUAUUUGAAUAAAAAUGGUUUACCAGAGUAUCCUUUGUUUUCUUACCUUGACUUAGGCAGUUGCUAAAUUUGAUCGUUUCAGGGUCAUAGGCUCCUAGGCGUUUUUAAGCUUUAUGUUAUGUUCCAGUAUGUGGGGUCUUUGAUAUUCUGGAUUUUAACAACUCCUGUGAUGCAUUACAGUAACCUUGUUUCUUAAAGUCUCUCUGUGCUUUGUUUGUCUUUGUGUUCUGCUAAUAACUGAACUAUAUAUCAGAUGUGGCUGCUAUAAAUUAUUGCUGAGAAUUUAAAAGUCUGGAACCUACAAAAAUCAUAAAUAAAAAGAAAUUGCACCCAG